AUGAGUCGGUCAGGUCAGCCACCGGAUCUGAAGAAGUAAGGGUUUUUCUCUGUAGUUCCGAUUUUCUUCUCUUUCUCGUCGUUGUUAUUCUAAGCAUUUUGGUUUUUUUUUUUUUCGGUUGGCCAUGGAAACAGGUACAUGGACAAGAAGCUCCAGAGUAUGUCUACUCUCCCUUGUGAUAGCAGAGUGUGUCUGAGUUUGUACGAAAUUUGGGAAUCUUAUGACUAUGUCCGCUUUAGGUUAUUGAAUGUAGAAACCUCUGCCGACGAAAAUUUUGUCGACAUUCGUAUCAUGCGUACAUCUCGUUUUGGAUCAUUUCAAGAUGUUUAAUUUUUUUUCUCUUUGCCUUUUCAAUUUGUCGCCGGUUAGGAAAGCGCUGCGUUAGGAACCUAGUUUACAUGAAGUAGAAAAAAUCAAACUGUAGAUUUAUUUUUUCUGUAAUAUUUUUCUCUUGUAUGCUAAAUGCGCUCUGAGACACCGUUUUCGGUGCUAUUUUAUCACUAUUUAAUCUCACAUAACGUUUUUAAUGUGCCGUCAUUCAAGAAGACAUUAGACGGAUAAUCUUUUGUCAUCAUUUAAAAGUUUGGGUUUUUUUGUCGAUUGUUGUAGAUUCUAUCGAAUGUCAACCAAGAGAUUUUUUUCUUGCUCAUUCUUAGUUGGGUUAUUGAUUCAGUAUGAUAUGGCGUGCAAACUAUUCUACUAAGCUGUCUAUCCAGAAACCAUUCAGCGAAUUUCAUUUAUUUUUUCUUCAGAGAAUUCAGAUUAUGCAUCAAUUUUUAAUGCAUCACGGCUUAUAGUUUGUAUACUAGGCUGAAAAAAGAAGGAUAUAUUAGAAAAAAAUAGCUGCCCUUUUUUGGUACAUUUAUCUUAGGGGCUCAUUGGGAGACCUGAUAUGAGCCUGAGAUAUCUUGUUUAUACAUUUGACGUUACAUUUAUGAGUUGAAUGUUAAAUCCUAAAAGAAGAAUAUUUGUUGGAUUUUGAGCCUGGAAUUGCUUAGAUCAUUUGGGUAAAUAUUUAUUUAAUAUUUUAUAACAUCCAAAAAAUUUCGGUAAAUCUUUUAUUCUUAUGUUGGAUUUUUUUCUCGAUCAUUGUUGUUUUUCAAAAGUAUUGUGAGCUUUUUCCAUUAAUGAGGUCCCAUUGUGCUUGCAUAGACGUGAUCAGGCCUAUAUGUUUUUAACUUUUCUUGUGGUAAUUUUUGCUUCAUUCAUCAUGUAGACUACUUGUUAUUCAAUCAACUAUGGUCCUGUUAUCAUCUCCUCGAUAAAAAGAAAACUCGUAGUUGUCCUUGAGAUAUUUAUACAAAGGGUCCAAUUUCUGUGAUGUUAAGUUAGGGAAUUCUCUAUCAUCUUCCUAUCAUGGUGGACCACGAAACCUACUUGAAAUCGACACAUUCCUUUAAACCAACUUGAUUUGGCCUUCUGUCAUACCCACUAUAUUGAAGGCCCACAGUUUUAUGUUGUAUUUUCUUUAUUAGAUGCGUAACAUGCUUUUCUAGCUAACCCUGAGUAUCAGGUCCGAACAAAAGGUCCUGUUCCAAGCAAGGGAGGGACAGAGGGUGUUUUCAUUUUUUUUUACUAAAUACCCUUUAAGAGAGUUUAUUGCCUAAGUAUGCAUAUAUGGCUUUGUGUCUUAGAUUCUGGUAAAAGGUCGAUGACAGGGAGGCUUCAUGGGUUACAGCAGUGGCUUUGUGAUUUAAUUACCGUCUAUGUUGCAUCUUCAUUAAAAUAUUUUUCAUACUUAACCAUCAUUUAUGUAUUUUAUUCAACAAGCCUUCUAUCGUUUCAAAAUGCAUAUCUAUCGGCCUAUCUGCAUGCAAAACUCUCAAUCCUGAUUUCUCAAUGGGACAUGAUGAAGUUUUUUAUGGAUCAAAGUGUCCAAAAAUAUAUUUAGCUGAAAGUAUGUAUGCCUCAAAUUUGUUUUGAGAGGGAAGUUAGUGGUUCACAAUGGAUCCAAUGACACUGUGCCAUCUGGAAAAAUUGAUUGAAGACCGGAUGUCUGUGCUAUUUAGAAACAUACACAAAUUUGCUUUAUUUUGUCAGCUCAAUAGGAAAGUCCAUUCUCCAGUGUGCAGGCUCAUGUUUCUUUAUCUUGAGUGUAUUAGGGUUUUCCUCAAUUUCAUGUCGUAUUAACUGUGAACUUGAGUAUUCUCAUUUGCUUUAUUGCCUAGGAUAUUGCUGAUUUAUCAAAACAUGUGCUGUGAUUCUGCAGUUAAGCUGAAUGCGAAUCGGGCUGUCGUGGGCACUCUCCGUGGGUUUGACCAGUUCAUGAAUCUGGUGCUUGAUAACACCCUUGAGUUGAAUGGAAAUGAGAGGAAUGACAUAGGGAUGGUGGUAAGCUUCCCAGACCCAUUUUCCCCAUCCCACUUUAUUUAUCUCUCUCUCUCUCUCUCUCUCUCUCUCUCUCUCUCUCCCUUCUUCGCGGUCUUGCCAUAUUGACCCUGGCGAUGCAUUUGCCUUGGCAGGUUAUCAGGGGCAACAGUGUGGUGAUGAUUGAAGCCCUUGAGCCAGUGAGCAGAGCUCAGUAG